AUGAACAGUUUGGCCCAAAUUGUAUCCCUCGUCUGUGUUUUUGUUCUGGAGUAGAAAGGCCUCAGGAUGUGGCCACUCAAAGGCAGUAGAAUUUGCUUCCUGCUAGGGGAAAUGAUCAACAAAAUCAAGACAAGCCUUUCAUGGAAGGAUGAAUUAGAAACUUUGACUCUCCCAGGUUCUUGCACACUGAGCACAGACUCCCAUCAUAGGCAGAAGUAACGUAAGGAGGAACACAAUAAAUUUACAGACAGAUGAGAAAGUUGGUAGUGGCAGAGUGAAUACCUAAAUGUUCAAAUCUUCAAAUGUCGUUCACAUGGAAAAGCCAUAGAAAUCAUGUUUAUGAACCUGACAAAUGGAAGCUGCCACAUUCCACUAGAGACAGAUCGGGUUGGACUAACAUACAUCUACAGCCUUGCCUUCUCUUUGGGUCUACCAGCCAACCUGCUUUCACUGUGGGGACUUUACCAGCUGGGCCGCUCGCACAGAGGUGGCACUCAGCUGGUAUAUAUUCUCAACCUCCUGCUGUCAGAUCUUCUUCAGUUGCUCACCUUGCCUCUAUGGAUCCUUUACCUACAGAGAGAUCAUCGCUGGCCCUACGGUUCCAUCGCCUGCCAGUUGGUGGGCUAUGUUUUCUACGUCAACGUCUAUGCAAGCAUCUUCUUUCUGUGUCUUAUUGCACUGGACCGCUGUUUGGCCAUUGUAUACCCAUUAAGCAGCCGCUGUGUAAGAAAGGUACGGCUGUCUGCAUUCUCUGGAGUGGCUGUCUGGACUCUUGUAUUCCUUUUUUGUCUGAUUGGUCUCUACCCAUCUGUAUUUGAGCCCCAGACGGGCUUGUGUCUGGAGCAGUAUCCCGUCACUCCAAGAUAUGCUUAUUUUAACAUAGCCACCGUUGUACUGGGUUUCCUGAUGCCAUGCUCUAUACUUGGCUGCACUUCUGCCAGAAUCGGAGUAACACUUCACAACUCUCCCUCCAUCUCUGAUCACGAGCGCAACAAAAUUGUGGGCACCCUCACGGUCAUCACCAUCAUCUUCAUCGUGGUCUUUGGCCCUUAUCACAUGGUCGGUGGUUAUAGAUUUGUUGCACUGCUGCUUACUGAAGAUCAGUGCACACUGGAACGCUCUAUCUACCUAUACUACAGGAUCUGCUAUGGACUAACCAGUCUUAAUACAAUGUUAGAUCCCCUCUUUUAUAUUUUCCUUUGUCAGAAUGCUCGCCUUGAGCUCCAGAGGUCUCUCCCCUGCCUCCCGUGCCCAAAGAGACCUGAAGGUCCAUGACCUUUAACCCAGAAGAUGUGUAGUUGCCAGGGGCAGACUGUUUUCUUUGUGUAGAAAAAAAUGCCUGCAGGUUUUUUUUUUUUUAUGAAAAAAAGAUGCUUAAAAAGCUUAUCGGGUAUUUUUGAGUGAUGACCUGUCAGAGCUCUGAUUGCAUCUGUGUGUCACUGGGUCUGAUGGUAUGAGAGACAUACAAAUCCUACGUGUCGUGUGGUGAUAUGCAUUUCUGAGACGACAACACCUUCAGUACCUUCAACCAAGCAUGCAGGCUCUGAAACCAAAUGAAAAGUUUCACGUUAGCACGUUUGAGUUGUCUUCUGCGUCAUAUUCAGUAAGAUUUAUGCGAAAUAAUUAGGCAGCAUUCUAUAAAUAUUAUUCAUUUUUUUUAAACAUCACAAACAGAACAGUUCCCACACUUGAUAGAAGGAAACUGUGCAUGUACUUUAUGUACUAUGGUCAUUUUUUAGGAUUUUUAUUAUUUUAAAACUGCACUAUUGCUUAUAACGUGAAAUAAAACUUUCUUCGGUUUUCUCUUUACAAUGUGUACCUUCUUAAAAUCUGUUUUCUUGGAUUUAACCAUUGGUGCAUGUUUAUUUAAAUUAUUCAUCAAUUUUGCCAUCCAGGUUUUCAUCCUGCUCUUAUCCACUGACAUUGCUGAGCUUGUGUAUAACAAGAUAGCUUAGUUUUUCUCAAGGACACAUUCCUUGAGCUGAUUCUCUACACCACUAUUACAUCUAAUUAAUUAUAAAAACACGUAGCUGUUCUUUUAUCCCCUGUCAGGUAUUGAGCUGUAAUUAGCAUGAUGUUUGUCCUCACGCCUGAAAUUUUGACAUUUUCCAAAGAAUUUGUUCUUUUUUUUUUUUUUACAUGCUAGCAAAGACUCUUCAGUCGUUAAGACCAUCAACAAAACUUAAAGUGCUCUGUGUGCUUUUCCCUCUGGUUAUAUGCUUGGCUAAAACCAUAAAGGGACUUAAAAACUGUCUAUGAGUUUUCCAGGCAUGUUGGAGCAGGAAAAUAUAAACCUGCCAGAGGUCUCUAAGGUGAGUGAGUCUCCAAGGCUGGACUCAAAACUUCACUGAAUAUCCAAGUGUGAGAUCUGGGUCAAAGACAAGACGUGCCUUUUUUAUGUCCAGAGGCUGUUUAUGUCAAGAAAUGAAACUAUUACACAUUGUUCCACUGUUCUCUGGAAUCUCAUGAUGAUGAUACGGGUAGAGCGGAUAUGACUACAUGAGUAAUGAAUUACAACAACUACAAUAAAUGCAAUAUGUGGCAUAUUUUUAAAAAAAUGUCUAAAGGCAUAAAUGGUAUAGUAUACUUGCAUUGUUUUAUUGGUUUUACUUCAGGUUUUAAAAUUGCUUUUGGAACAUCAAACUAAAGAAAUUCAUAAGUGUAUUAUAAGAAGCUGCAGAUUGGAAAUAAAAAUUAGUGUUUGUAAA